UUGACGAGUUGCAGCGCAUCGGACGUCUACGACGUGGCGCAAGCGAAUGAAAAAACAACCAUGGCGACGGCGACUAUGUUGAAAUCAACAACAUCGACAGGAGAUGUCAGCAAAAGGUUCGUUCGCUUGAACACAAGCUCCGCCCAUUUCCACACCAUUUUGGGGGGAAGGGGGGAAUAACAUCUGCCUGCCACCAUCUGCACACAUUCAUCCAUUCAUUCAUUUAUUUAUACUUAUAACAACAUGCGGGGACUAGGGUCACCACCAUUGUUUCUUCAUCUUAUUCUCUCCUUUUUCUAGUUACAUUAAUUACUUAUAUGACACACAGUGGUGUCGUGUUGUGAGCGUAUUGUAUUUCUCGUCUUGACCAAAUUUUUUUCUAUAUUUUCUUUUUUUGUUGCGUCACCUGAAAUUGUAUGAGCGCAAGAAAUCAUAGUAGAAAAUUUUGCAACACUUUUCUCAUUUUAAAUUCAUUGAAUAUCUCAUUGUUUGCCCGAAAUUUUGCGCCUAAAAAAUUUUUGCGAAAAAAAAUAAAAAUUCUGCAUAAAAUUAGACCCGCAAAAUGUUUUCUUCGCGCCGAGACGCGCAUAAAUUUGUUGUGCGCCUUGAGCAGGUGGUACUGUAGAUUAAUUUUUCAUUUUUUUUCGCAUUUUUCUCGUUUUCUCGCCCUGCUCACCAUAAUUACACGGAUUAUCUCACACCCUCUUGUCAGAUUAUUGACAUAGAUGUCAAAUGUCAAUCUUGUCACCUAGAAAAAGAGAUUAACAUUAUUAUUAUUAUUAUUUAGUUUUCUGAUAGAUUAGCAUAAGAAAAUAAUUGGUGUGUGAAAAAGUAUUGCGAAACUUCCCCUAAGAAUCCAUUUAUAUUUUAUUUGUCUGAAUUUCGAAAUACUUCGAAUCAACAUAAUUUCUGUGAGAAAAAACACGCUCCUUCUUUUCAACAUAUAUAUUUUCCAAGCUGUUCAAAUACACCAGAUGGUACGAUUUGACCUCGAUCGUUUUUUUACUAUAUGAGGAGAAGAAGAACAGAUUUGGAAUUUUAUAUGAUUUUUUUCAUUUAUGUUAGUAAUCGUGUGAGCGAUCACUGCGUAAUGCCUUUUUUGUUAUACUAUGCAAACCGAAACGAUCAUAAAAAGUUCAGGGAUUAAACUAGAUGUUUUUGUUAUGACUAUCUCUUUUCUAUUAUUCAUUUGGCAAAAAGUUCACAUGACCUCCUAGCUUUGUUGGAGUUGAACCAAAUAGUUCAACCGAACUCUUCCUCUUCUCUUCGUUGGAAAAAUCUUGUUUUCUACGAAUGCCCAUUUUUGUCCUUUUCGUCUCCUCCCCUCACACACCGAGUCAGCUGAGCGGAGCUAUAAAACGACGAGAAUUUCAGACGCUGUGUGACUCAUUUUAGCUUCCCUCUUUCUUUCUAUUUCAUUUUUUUCUCUUUUCUCUGCUUUUUUUUCUUGCUUGUGGUCAGCUGUGUGUUCCGGGGAAGAAUGAGAAAAAGAGAAACGAAGUAACGAAAAAUUAUUCGCUUUUUUCUUGUUCUCAUUUUUUAGACUUUCUAAUUUUUCAGUCCUUAUUUUAUUUAUUUCCAGGUUUUACGGUCCCUCAAUGAAGCAAAGUGGAGCGCUCGCUACAAUGAUGAGCACUGGAACUAGCGGAAACGGCGCACGUGGCGCAAAAACCCUUGGAUGGUUCAUGGCUGACACCGAUCUCUCCUUGUUCGCUGACAAAAAAUCGACAAAACCAGCGAGUUCUUCGGAUGAAGAGAGAAAGAAUUCCAUCACAGUCAACAACAAUGUGAACAAGCAAAAACGGUUGCGGAAGACAAUGAGUUGUCAAGGAGCCGCAAGAAAAGAGGGAUAUUCGGCGGGACCUGCGAUGAGUGAAAGUUCGGAAGAGGGUUAUGAUGAGAAGAGACUUCAGACAAUUUUGAAUGAUUUGACUAUCUCAAAACAAAGUGGAUCAAAACUGCCAUCGGAAGAAUAUUGGUUCUAUGAUGUUGCCUCAGAUGGUUAUUAUUAUGAGCAAAAUGGAGCAAAAGGCUGGAGAAGAAGAAUGCCAAACGGCUUCAAAAAAGAGGUAAUUUUUUAUUUUUUUUUUUUCAACAAAAAAAAAGAAACUGGGACCAUGAAAUUACCAAAGUGCACUUGCACUCCCUAGUUGCACUUUUUCUGAUCUCCUCGAGCUCAUUUUUCUGAAAGUGCAACUCUUGCAAAAAACCUUGUAAGUACUUGAGCCCUUUUCUCUGAAAAAACAACACCAGCAAAACAACCAAUUUUCCAGGAAGCCAAAGGAGCUCAACAACAGCAACAACAACAACAACAUCAGCAAAAUUUGUUGGCUGCACAAGCCGCGCAGGCUGCUCUUUUGCAUCACGCACUUUUGCAACAACAAGUUCAGCAACAAGCGCAACAAGCUGCUGCACAACAACCAACCAUGAGAUAUUAUGAUCCGAAUUCUGAUGGAUUUUAUUAUGAAAUGGCGUCGGUUGAUGGAUGGAAGCGUCGUCAACCAAACAAACCGCUUUCCGCAUCAGUUCCAGCUGGAAUCACAAGACCUUAUGCGAUGCGUCAAGCUGCUGAACAACAACAACAUCAACAACAGAUGAAUCAAGGUCCAUCUUAUGGUGCAGCAUUGGCUCGCGGACAAAUGCCACGUAAUUGUGUUAUUGAUGAGAGCAGUGCGUCUUCUUCAAUCUGUGGUGAUGCUGUUUUGCAAGAUUUGUUGGGCGAUUUCCCGGUUUCUCGACCAAAUAGCUUGGAGACGAAUCAACAAAUCAAUCCAAACUUCAACGCAGAACGAUUCAUUCGUGAUUUAUCGUUCAGCGGAUUGGCUGCAUCGAAUAAAAUCUUCACACCGGCGUCAAUCAAUACACCAUCAACAGCAUAUUGGCCAUCUGGAACUCCAAACAAUCAUGGUCCAAUUGGCAGGCCAAAUGGAUCAUGCUGGAAUCCGUCUCCAAUCAAAUCAGCAGCCGCGAUGGAAGAUGAAAUGAAUAUGCUUCGAUCACUCAAAGACCUCGAUAAAAUCUGGGCAGCCCCAUUAGUAUAA